AUGCACUUGGGGUGGAUGCGGCUGCUCUUGCGGGUCGCAUUUCCUACUUUGAUGCAGCAGUCAUUGAAAACCGCCAGGGGAGCUGGAGAAGUUGGUCAAGGCAAUCAGACUGCAUCGGCGUCGGCUUCGGGUGUGCAUGGUGUCACGAUGGAGGCGGAACGCCAGCGGGGGCACAACGGAAAGAGGCCCGGAGAACUGACGGUGGACCUGCCUGUCCCAUGGGAGCGAUGCGAAAGUAGGUUGGGGGCGGCUUGCUGGGUCUGGAUCCUGCAAAUCCCCGCGACCUUCAAAGAACAUCCUGCAGCCUGCGGGCUCAAGGGGCCGCCGGCCGACCGUGCGCCUAGAGCACGGCCCUACAGAGGGUCGCUGCAGGCGGCCACGAGACCAAUGAAGAGAGCAACCUGCAUGCUGGCUGUGCUGGCUGUGCUGGUUCUACCUGUUCAGGGAGCCAAGGUAACCAAUGUGGGCCCAGAAGCAGCAGCAGCCCAGGCCUUCCGCAGUCUGGACAAGAACCGCGAUGGAGCGCUGACGGCGGACGAGUUAGAGGCCGAGAUCUUUGCCUCUGCACACGCUUCAGUCACCUGCACGUAUCAUGCUUGUCCGGAAGGCUUCAGAAUGAAACCAGGAGCAGCAGAGAUUGUCGGGAACAAUGACCUGGACUGCUGUGAUAAGACUUGUCAAGCGCAAUCCUGCAGCAGAACUGGCUUCCGUUUGAGGCCGGACGCAUCCCAGGUGCUGGCCACAGCCAGCGCAGAGUGUUGCGAGAAAACCUGUGGUGGCUUCGAGUGUCCCAACGGGUGGAAGGCGCGAAGCAAUCCAGACCAGAUUGUGCAGCCGUCGCAGGAAGUUUGCUGCUUGAAGACCUGUGAGCUGCACGUUUGCAAUGCCGAGCACGACCUUACCUUGCGGGGUGAUGCAGCCCUCACUGCUGGCAGCACAGACGACGACUGCUGUGUGCGAACGUGUCGGAGCUAUACUUGCAGCCAAGACGGCUAUUUGUUGCGAAAAGAUGCAGCGGACAUCACGGGGGGCGUGGGGGGUAACAGUGACGCAGCUUGCUGUGCCAAGAGCUGCGCCCUCUUCAGCUGCGUUGGGAAGUUCACUCUGGUGGACAGUGCUGCCAACAUCGUCGGAGAGAGCGCGGAGGUCUGCUGCCAGCGCUUCGAAGAGACUGAAGUUGAGGAAGAGGGUGACGCCGGUGACACCCCAGCCGAUUUCUUUGCGGAAGAAUGAGAGAAAGACACAAGACACAUCAAGACUUAUCAAGACACUUCAAGAC